AUGAACGGCACCGCUCUCGCCGCAGGUAUCAGCUGCGUUAACGAAGCCAACUGGCACCCAACAUCGCGCGUUGUGGGUGUAGGGGCUGGGUGCGGCAUCGCCAGCGCGCUUAUUGCAGGUUUGUUCAUGCAUCUGUAUCAUUGGUUCCGCGCCAGAACCGAUAGAAAAAACUCUAUCCCAAAUAUGGAAUUGAAGAACCUCGAUGUCGAGGAUUUAUAUAGAGCGAGGAAGAUGCUCAAUCUCCCCGUCCAGGACUUAAACGCCUUGGAUAGCGUUGCUAAAGCCCGACUUGAGAAGAAGGCUGAGAAGGAAAAAGAUUAUUUGGACGCCCUAGAGAAUCGCAACAAGACUCAGGGCGAGGUGAUUAAAGAACAGGCGGAGUUUAUAAAACUCUUGAAAGAUGAACUUGAGUAUUACAAAAAUGCUCGAAAGACGUCGGCGGCUUCGCCGCCCUGA